AUGCCUAGAGAGGAGAUCUAUACAGAUAGAUCUUAUCAAUUACAACAAGAACCUUAUAAUGCAGAUGUAUUUAGAACAUUUGUACAGAUAUUACUACGACUUUUUUAUGAUUCUCCUAUUAUAAUAGUAGGAGAUUGUUUAAUUAGAGAACAGAAAGCUUAUUCAGACAAAGAUCUAGCUGAAAAGUUGAGCUUAUCUGACCGUCAAGUAAGGGAAGCACUAAAAAUACUUGAAGAUGACUUUAUUAUUUUAAAAGAACAGAAACCAACAGAACAUUUAAAUUCUAAGAGUGAAGGUGAUAGCUUAAAUAGUGGAUCAUCUUCAUUAACUUUUUUGAAUUCUACUUCAAAUAUAUCAAAUAGUAGUUAUGGAAAUAUUGGAUUUAAUCGUAUGUCACCUAUAUAUUAUAGAAUCAAUCCACAUUUACCAACUGUUGUUGAGUGGCAAUACAAUACAAUAAUACAUAAUGUUGAAGAAGCUAUUAAGGAAGCAGCUAGCCUAGAUGAGCUUGUAUGCAAAAUUUGUAAUGUAAAAUAUACUUCUUUAGAUGCACUUGGGUUAGAACUAAGUCAAGAUGAUGGUUUUUUUCUUUGUAGAUAUUGCAAUGAAAAGUUACAAUCAGGAGACUCCGCUUCAUUUAGACAAGCUACAAGGGAUAAAGCUGAGAGGACUAGAUCCCAAUUACAAGUUUUAUAUAAUUCUCUUGAAAGAGUUAAGAAUAUGUAUAUUCCUAUAUUUCCAUUAUAUCAAGGUAAGAAUGAGAAACUUAAACAAUCUAGGCCUAUUAGGCAGAUUACAGAUAUAUCUAAAGAAAGUAAUAGUACAGUUGCAUCUAAUAAUGUGGUGAACUCAUCAAAUUCAAUGAACUCUAAUUCACUAAGAAAUCCUGGCAAUUAUUUGGAUUUAUCAGAAUCUAACACAACUUUAAGUUUUGAUUCCGGAACUGGAAAAUCAUUUAUAAGUUCAAGUGUUCCUAAAGUUAAAUUUGGUAUUAAAUUAUCAUCUAAUAAUAUUAGCGAGGAUAAUAGAAAUAAAGAUAACAUAGGAUUUAGUGGAUUUUCUAAGAAAGUUUUCAAUUUAUCCAAAACACAAGAGCUAAGUAAUAAUAGAGUAAAUACUAAUAUAGGGAUUAAUAAGACAGCUUUAAAUAAACCUGAAGAUAGUUUGGAUAAUAAUACUAGUUAUAUAGAAAAAUCUCAAAAUUCGAGAAAUAUAGAAGAACCAACAUUAAGUAUAUCUGCAAUUAAUGGAAAGAUAUUUAAAAUAUCUGAAAUAACUGAUGACAUUAUUAAUGUUAUGACAGAUUCAGAAUUUUUGAAAUAUGAUGAGCUUUUACAAAACUAUCAAACAGUAGGACUACUUAAUAGUUAA